CACACACACACACACACACCGCCCACCAUGCCGCCCUACGCUAAUGUCCAAUCCCACCGCGACUCCCUCGAGCUCGCCUCCCUCGCCUCCUCCUCCCGCGCCAACUCCAUCGUCUCAGACAUCCCCUCCUCACGGCCCUCCAUCUCCUCCUCCCGCAAGCUCUCCUUUGACGCCGAAGACCCCUUAGACGCCGCGAAUCCGGCCGCCGCCGGCGCCACCUCAGGGAGACCGAACCGCCAUGACCGCUCCUACUCCGUCUCCUCGGGCUUCGACUUCGCCGCGAACCUCUUCCCCCUGAGCUCCACAGCCGGCGCCAGCGGCGCAGGCGGCUACGCGCCUAUCGGCGCGCCCACCUCGACGGCGAUACAAAACGGCGGCCUCGGCGGCGGCAACUUGGAGAAGCACAAGACGCUCACGUACCUCAACGGCCUGAGUCUCAUCGUCGGCCUCAUCAUAGGGAGCGGCAUCUUCUCGAGCCCGAGCCAGGUGAGCUCAAAAGUCGGGUCGCCGGGCGCCGCCCUCGUCGUCUGGGUCAUUGCCGGCGUGCUGGCCUGGACGGGCGGCGCGAGCUACGCGGAGCUCGGCGGCGCGAUACCUCUGAAUGGCGGCGCGCAGGUCUACCUCGCCAAGAUCAUGGGCGAGAUGGCCGGCUUCCUCUUCACGUGGGUGGCCGUGCUAGUGCUGAAGCCGGGGAGCGCCGCCAUCAUCGCCAUCAUUAUGGGCGAGUACCUCGUCCGCGCGGCCAUUGGCGCCGAGGCGGAAAGCCUCAGCCCUUGGGUCAACAAGGCCGUCGCCAUGGUUGCCCUCGUGUCGGUUACGCUGCUCAACUGCGUCUCGACCAAGCUCGGCACAAAAGUCAACGACUGGCUCAUGUUUCUCAAGUUCAUUGCGCUGCUGGGCGUCACCGUCACCGGCAUCGUCGUCGCCAUCACGGGCAAGACGGUCACGGGCAAGGCCAACAUGGAGUGGAAGUCGCACGAGUGGUUCGAGGGCACGUCGACGGACCUCUCUGCGUGGGCCGUGGCCCUGUACGCGGGACUCUGGGCCUACGACGGCUGGGACAAUACAAACUACGUCGUCGGCGAGUUCCGCAACCCGAGCCGCGACCUCCCCCGCGUCAUCCACACAGCCAUGCCCCUUGUCAUCCUCUCCUACGUCCUCGCCAACAUCGCCUACUUCCUCGUCCUCCCCCUCGCGGCCGUCAACGCCUCCAACACAAUCGCCGUCCAAUUCGGCGCAAAAGUCUUUGGCCCCGUCGGCUCCCUCGUCCUCGCCCUCGUCGUCUCGGCAUCCUGCUUCGGCGCCCUCAACUCGUCAACUUUCACCUCGUCGCGCCUCGUCUACGUCGCCGGCAAAGAGGGCUACAUCCCGUCGGUCUUUGGCAGCAUCGGUUUGUCCCGCAACGGCGGCACCGGAGGCGGCCACUCCGUAACCACAUCCCGCACCUCCCGCACCCGCCUCGCAAACCUCUUAAUCCGCGCCCUCGGCGACGACGACAUGGGCCUCUUCUACACCCCCGUCUGGGCUCUGGUUCUCAACGCCCUGCUGACGGCAGCCUACAUAAUCGUCGGCGAAUUCGGCACCCUGCUGACCUUUUACGGCGUCGCCGGGUACACGUUCUACUUUAUCACGGUGCUGGGUUUAAUUAUUCUCCGCGUGCGCGAGCCGCAGCUCGACAGGCCGUACCGGACGUGGAUCACGACGCCCAUCAUCUUUUGCUGCGUUUCGCUGUUCUUGCUGAGCCGCGCCGUGUUCGCGCAGCCGCUGCAGACGGUGACGGUGGUGCUGUUUGUGGUGGCGGGCGUGCCGGUGUACUUUUGGCGGAUCCGCGGGCGGGAUCAGCAGGUUGUUAAGAGGGAGGCGAGGCAUCGGGGGUAUGAGGAGGGGGAGGAGAGGGCUUGGUGGCAGUUUUGGAAGAGGUCAUGA